CGCGUGUUAGUCAACGUGUCCGUGACGUUGGGUGAACUCAGGUCUCAUCAACAAGACCCAUUACCGUGCUUCAAUUCUCGGUUCGCGAUGUCCCUCAUCCUUACGAUUUUCGCCUUGGUCUUCUUUACUGAGCUGGUGUCGUGGAUUGGCCAUAGUGUACUACUUGAUCUGGCAUGGGGUAUCUGCUGCAGGAUGCUUUACAGUGCUUCCAUCAUCAGACAGCGAGAGCUCAAAACAGAGGUGCUUGCGACGAAGAAAGAGCUUCUGCAAACGAGCGCACAGGAUCAGUUUGCAAAAUGGGCGAAGCUGAGACGAAGCAUCGACAAGGGACUGGCAGAACUUGAAAAACUCAACAGCGAGCUUGCAUCGCAGAAGACAGCUUUCUCGGUCAAAUUCAACAGCCUCGUCUGGAUAUUAACGACAGGACUGCAGUUUGCGGUUGGAUGGUGGUAUAGGAGAUCCGCAGUCUUCUACCUUCCACCCGGCUGGUUUGGACCACUUACGUGGUGGCUUGCUCUACCAUUCGCUCCGAAAGGUUCGGUGAGCGUUGGCGUAUGGCAAUUGGCAUGCCGUAGGGCAAUCAAGGUAGGAGAACGAACAGUCAAAACAUUCAUAACAGUUCCCGGGGCCACUGGAGUGAAGGGUGGAACGGAUGGUACAUCGACCAGCGACAUCGGGAAGGCAUCGUAACAUUGGGUACCCUCGGAGGGUCGGCCCUUAAUGGUUUUUGGGUUAUCACUACCAUAUAUUUACUACAGUCAGAGGUAGUGGUUGAUUUUGAGCAUGCUAAUGGAAACCGGCUGAAGUUUCUCGUGGCUGAUCAUCGUUCAAGGGUAC